AUGACUGGUAGUACAAAACUUAAACUCUCUGAUGGUACGGAACUAUUUUACAAGGACUGGGGACAUGGAGACCCCAUAGUUUUCAGCCAUGGCUGGCCAUUAACAUCUGAUGCAUUUGAAGACCAGAUGAUCUUCUUAGCUAUGAAAGGAUACAGAGUAAUUGCUCAUGACCGAAGAGGACACGGUAGAUCGUCUCAGCCAUGGGAAGGUCACACAAUGGAUCAGUAUGCUGAUGAUUUGGCUGAACUCGUAGACCACUUGGAAUUGAAAAAGGUGAUUCACAUAGGCCACUCUACAGGAGGAGGAGAAGUAGCUAGGUACAUUGGUCGUCAUGGAACUCUGAAAGUUCUGAAGGCUAUCUUGAUUGGAGCGGUUCCCCCGCUUAUGGUAAAAACAGAAGAUAAUCCUGUGGGUACCCCCAUUGAAGUAUUUGAUGAUAUAAGGAAGAACGUUUUGAAAAAUAGAUCUCAAUUUUUUAAAGAUUUAGCGUAUGAGUUUUAUGGAUUGAGUCGGGACGACCCACAAGGGUCGUCUGGAUUAAUUGAUAGCUUUUGGAUGCAAGGGAUGCAAUCAUCAAUAAAGGCAGCGUAUGACUGUGUUGCUGCAUUUUCAGAGACUGACCAACGAGAAGAUUUAAAAAGUAUGAGUAUACCUACUUUAGUCUUAUAUGGUGACAAUGAUAAUAUAGUACCUCCCAUUUCGUCUAGUAAAGCAGCAAUUAAGAUUUUACCUCAGGCUACAGAAAAAGUCUAUCCUGGGGCAUCUCACGGCUUGUGUACCACCCACAAAGAUGCCAUAAAUGAAGAUAUUUACCAGUUUAUUAGCAAAUGA